AUGGCAAACACGACCACCUCUGCCCAGAUGCAGCAAAGCGUGAGUAACCGAUUAAUGUCAGCAUCACUGAUUGACAAUCCAAUCAUGAAUCAAAUUCAUUCCAUCCAUGCUUCAGAUGGCAGCAGCCGCCACAUUGACAUGAAACCUCUUCUCCGCUUCACUGAGAACAUCUUGCAAAAUGCUCUGCCUACCACCAUCGACACCCCUGCCACCCCUCAGGAAGCUCAAACACAACUCAAUGAAUUACUGGAGGAUUACGACGGCCACUAUGACUUCCUCAAGCUCUAUCUCGCACAAAUCAUAAAGAGAACCUCCUGCAAGAUAUCAUGCACGUGCGGUCAAAGUGCAUAUGCAGCGACCUUGGAGGUAUUCAAGACACUUUCAUCCUUCACCUGGGAGACCAAGGUGGUGCUUGCCCUAGCAGCUUUCUCUGUGACCUAUGGUAAGUUUUGGCUGGUUGCCCAGCCAUCUCCCACCAACUCACUCGCCAAAUCAAUUGCCAUCCUUGAGCAAUUACCAGACAUGUUGGCGGAUAAGGAGCCUUGGAAGCCAAAGUUUGAAGCGCCUAGCAACCUUAUCAAGACAAUUCUAAAGUGA